CUCUCUUUGUCUUCCGGUUGAAUACAAAACAAUAACUAAACCACAGUAGUCUUACCCCAGAAUAGUGUGUUCACCGUUGAGUCUAGAUCUGGUACCUGAGUAAGGCCGCUGGCGUCGUCCCAAUACAUCAUUCUUACAUCUUAAUUAGUACCAGAUGGAUGCAAUGGAUACGUCACCGAGUCCCAAUAAGUCUGGGGUAGUGCGUCCACGCAGAACAUCUUUCACCAGGAAAAUGAGUGUUCUCGGCGAACCUGGAAAAGAAGGACAGCAAGUGCCUCCAGGUAUUUGGGCUGGUAACUCGAUUGGAGUCUUCACGAGUGGUGGUGAUUCUCAGGGCAUGAAUGCAGCCGUUAGAGCUGUUGUGCGUAUGGGAUUUUAUUUAGGAUGCAAAGUAUAUUUCAUCAAAGAGGGCUAUCAAGGGAUGGUAGAUGGAGGUGACAACAUUGUUGAGGCAACAUGGUCCAGUGUUUCUGGCAUCCUUCAAAUGGGUGGUACUGUUAUAGGCAGUGCCAGGUGUAAAGAGUUUAGAGAUCGCAGUGGGAGGCGAAUUGCUGCCUUCAACCUGGUUGAGCGUAGUAUCACCAACUUGGUAGUCAUUGGUGGUGAUGGCAGUCUUACAGGUGCCAACUGCUUCCGUCAGGAAUGGCCUGAACUUCUGAGUGAACUGGUAGAGAGUGGGAAGAUCACAGCUCAGCAAAAGGAAGAAAACAAACAUCUCAACAUCGUAGGUCUGGUUGGUUCUAUUGACAAUGAUUUCUGUGGCACUGAUAUGACUAUAGGCACUGACUCAGCCUUGCACCGUAUCAUCGAGGCUGUGGAUGCCAUCGCUACUACAGCUCUUAGCCAUCAGAGAGCAUUUGUUCUUGAGGUAAUGGGAAGACAUUGUGGUUACUUAGCACUGGUCGGUGCUCUAGCAACAGAAGCUGACUGGGUAUUUAUCCCCGAGUGGCCUCCAGAGGGAGACUGGAGAGACACACUUUGUAAAAAAUUAACUGCAGAGAGAAGUUUAGGCCAGCGUCUGAAUAUUAUUCUAGUUGCAGAAGGAGCUAUUGAUGAGCAAGGCAAAGCCAUCACAGCCGAUGACGUUAGAAAGAUUUUAUGUGAUGAAUUGAAGAUUGACACUCGUGUGACUGUGUUGGGUCAUGUCCAGAGAGGUGGAAGUCCUUCAGCAUAUGACAGAAUUCUAGGUUCACGUAUGGGAGCUGAAGCAGUUCUUGCUUUGAUGGAUGCCACACCAGGAACCCCAGCCUGUGUCAUAUCCAUUGAAGGCAACUCUACCGUCCGCGUGCCCUUGAUGGAGUGUGUAGAAAGGACUAAAGAGGUUCAGGCUAACAUGGACAAAAAAAACUUUGAUGAAGCGGUUCGUCUGAGAGGAAAGAGUUUCCAGAACAACUUGAACACAUACAGACUUUUAAGCAAAUUGCGCCCCCCAUCAAGCCACAUUAAACUAGAUUCACAUGCUGUGCAGCGUCGUCAGUCUUGGAAACAGGAUCCCAAAUGCUUUCCUUUCACUGACCACAGAGCACACCGUAAUCUAGCCAUCAUGAACAUUGGAGCUCCAGCUUGCGGCAUGAAUGCAGCUGUGAGGUCCUUUGUGCGUAUUAGUCUGACCAAAGGUUUCCGUGUGUUGGGGAUCCACGACAGCUUUGAUGGACUAAUAAGAAAUGAGGUGUACCCCAUGACCUGGACAGAAGUGCAGGGAUGGGCUGGGAAAGGAGGAUCUUUCCUUGGCACUAAGAAACAGUGGGCUCAUGAUGUAGGAGUUGGCAAGAUAGCUCUCAAGUUUGCUGAGUUUAAACUGGACGGCUUGAUGAUUGUCGGUGGAUUUGAGGCAUUCCACAGUGCAUACCAACUGGCUGAAGCAAGAGAGUCAUUUCCAUCACUGUGUAUUCCUAUUGUGGUUAUACCUUGUACCAUCAGCAACAACAUCCCAGGUUCUGAUUUCUCCCUUGGCGCUGACACUGCCCUGAAUGAAAUAACAGAUAUAUGUGAUAGGAUAAAACAGUCUGCGACUGGUACAAAGAGGCGUGUGUUUGUUGCUGAAACAAUGGGAGGGUACUGUGGCUACCUGGCCACACUGGCAGGCUUGGCCAGUGGCGCUGAUGCUGCUUACAUCUACGAGGAAAGGUUCAAUGUCAUGGAUCUUAAGCAAGAUGUUGAGCAUUUGAAGGACAAAAUCCAGAAUGCGGGUGUUCAAAGAGGUCUAGUUCUUAGAAAUGAAAUGGCAAACGAAAACUAUACCACUGAUUUCAUCAACCGACUGUUCUCCGAGGAAGGAUCCCCGGUAUUCACCACACGUAUGAAUGUGCUUGGCCACAUGCAGCAAGGUGGUUACCCUUCCCCAUUUGACCGCAACUAUGGAACAAAGAUGGCGGCAAAAGGAGUUGAGUGGUUGUCGGAAAUGGUGGAGAAAUACACUGAUGAAAAAGGCAAUGUAAGAACAGGUAAUGCUGACACUGUGGUUCUUCUUGGCAUGUUGAGGAGACAUCUCACAUUUACUCCUGUUACAGAGUUGGCUGAGGAGACAGAUUUUGAUAAAAGAAUACCAAAGGAGCAGUGGUGGUUGAAGCUACGACCCCUUCUGAGAAUCCUAGCCAAGCACUCUGUGGUUAGCUACGAAGUGGAGGCUGAGAUUAAAGCCAACAUAGACGACGAUGAUGACGAUGAGGAAGGGGAGCACAUACUUUAACACUGGGGGGGACACAGUGUAGCUCUGUCUGUUCUUGCUUUCCCCAAUCCUAACCCUUCGGCUGGCACAGUUCAUCCCUUCCCUUUUUUUGAAAAAUUUAAAACUGAGCCUGUUGCCCUCAUUUGCUACAGCUCUAGAAAUUUUGUUUUGGCAUAAAUUAUGUUAUGAUCUAGCUCAUGCUAGAGUGAUAUGUCUGAAGAGACUUGUACAUUUGAUAAAAAUGUCUAUUAAGCAUAUGUCUUUUGAGAAAGCUUAAACAUUUGUAUGCCAUUUUUUUAUCCCUAAAUUAAUAUACUUGUAUGCAUAAUUUUGUGAAUACCAGCAGAAAAUCAAACUUGGGGCUUUUAUAACCUGUUUUUAUAUAGUACUUGGGGAGUAUUGAGAACAAAAUUUCAACAUUGUUUAUAUCUGUUUUAAAAUAUUAAAAUAUUUAUGAAUGCAUACAAACAAGAGUUGCUUGGCACACUGUCUAGCUAGUGAACUCUUUCUUCUCAGUUAAAGUACAGUUUCAGAAGAAUUGACUUACUUGCUUUACUUUUGUUCACUAUGAACAAGUAGCCAUUCUUUCCAUUUUAUAGAUUGUAAGUAGUCAUAUAGGCAUAAAUAGUAAAUAUUUGUUUGUUUUUUUUUAAAUUAAAGAUGUACUUGUUGUUAGAUCAUACUACCAUACAUUCGUUUCUCAACAGUCUAAAACUAAUUCAAAUAUUACGCAUUUUAUAUGCAGAUCACUACACCUAUACUGUCUUUUCCUCUUUUUUUGGGUCUUGAUUAUAUACACGUCAAAUGAUUUAAAGCAUUUACCUGUUGGUGAUUUUUGUCAGCAUAUGAACACUAAUGGUCUGAUGAGUUUUUUAUUUUAUGUUGUUAUUGUCAUCAACUAUUGUUUUAGGUUUUUUUAGUUGUAAGGUUAAUCUGCCAAAUCCCAACAGAAUUUCCUAAAAUUGAUUGAUUAGUAAAUGAAGCAUUUCUUAGCAGAUAAGAUAUAAACAAAUGUGAUCUGCCGGGUAAGUAAACAAAUGUGAUCUGCCAGAUAAAGCUCAUUACUUCAUCAUUAGGUGUUUACAAGAGUGUCUGCCCCAAAUGUUGAGCAAAUUAAAAAUGGAAGUAAAUAUAAAUGUGGCCAAGUUUCAGGAUCUUUAUGCUUAUACACACAAGUUCACUCAUGUUCUAGGGCUGAUACUUGUGUGACUGAUCCUCACAACUUUGUGUUUGCUCCUGUUAUUAUCACAGUUGUGACUAGAUGUCCAACCAGGAACUCCCAUGUUCAACAGAAUGCACAAUAUUAUUUUUUGUUGUUUUUUUUUAAUGUGGAGUCUCAAAUGUAAAGUCUUUUCUUUACUAAGACAAAAAUAAAAUUGGUAAAUGCUUUCAAACCUCCAGUGUGCCCCUUGAUGUCAACAUAUGUUGUGUGUUGUAUCAAGUCAUUUAGUCCAUGUCCAUGUAUUAGCAAUUAAUUUAUUUUAAAUUCAUAUUAAAAAUUAGAAUUCUGAAACAGUUUUACCAUCUUUACCUCCCUUAGAUGCUUAGGCUACAUUUCUCAUCUAGUUCUUGGCCAUGUGACUUGUAUACUUUUAAGUGAUACUUCCUCAUUCCUCCUCCUCCCCCGCCCAAUUCUGAAAGAUCUUGGACGGUUGCAUCCUUUAAUACUCUCCUUGCCUCUGCUUACAGGGAAAGUACUAGUAGUAUAUGUUUUGAUCCUUUUUCUUUCAUACUGUUUGUCUUUAUAGAUUUAGAUUUCAAUAAACUUUAAUUCCUUGCAUGGUAAAUUAUUUGUACAUUACAACUAGCAAGUAAUACAUAUGAUUAUCAAUUGUUUAGUGAUUUAUUUUUCUUUUGCAUCAUUUUUAUUAUAAUCCAUCUGUAUAGAUUUUCAAAUUACUUUUUUUUACGUACCGGUAUAUGAUUUUAUAAUAAGUAUUACAAAAGGCAAAGAGUUGUUAUAUUAUUUAUUCGAGAAACUUGCACAAGAUGAAGAUGUGAUCUUAGAAGACAUUGGGAUCUCAAUGUGUAGGCUUAUAGAGAUGUAUAUUUAGAUACAAUAUACAUGUGUGUGUAUAUAUAUACUUGUACACCUAGUGCUGUGUUAUACAGAUUUUAAUACAGUGAUGUCAGCAUGGUUUCACAAGAACAUUUUCCAACCCUAUAUCACUAUUUUGUUUUGCUGUGUAAUAGAUUCUUGUGUAUUA